AUGAAAGAGCAGGGAUUGGAGACAAGUAUCACUCGGCAAGCUGCUGACCCAGCCGCAUUCUUCAGAAGUCAAGAUUGGACCCAGAAGUCGACCGAGGCGAAAGCUCCCAAGGUCCUCAAAAUGCAGGAACAUUCAACCGCAGUGCGCAUUCAAGCGCUCGCUCUGGCUGAAGCCAGUAUCUCAUCCGAAAGAAUCCACGAGAUCACCGGCGUGGAACCCAAAGUGCUUGCUGGCUUACGACGACUUGCACGCGAGCGUGGCUACGAUCCAAAUAUCUCUAUGCAGCUCAAGGAAGAAUAUGUUUUAGAUCCGCCCAAUGCCAAUCGUCCUCGUGGUCGACCGAAGAAGAGAAAGCCUGAAGACGAUGUCGAUCCCGCGUUGACCGCUGACCUCACCGAACCUGUUCAAAGCACUCCAACUUUCGGUCAGCGAGACAAUCUGCCUCCCGGACAAUGGAACUUCAUGACAACUCCGACUCAUGGUUAUACAAUGACUUGA